GCUUGAGGAGCGUGUAGCUUUAAUCCAAGUCAACGCGAUUUCUGCAGAGUGAGAGAAGCAGCCAGCAGCCAGCUGCGGUCACACACACACUCACACACACUCAUACACACACACACAGGCUCUCGGAUGAAGGCGACAGCACAGGUCAGACUAGCUUAGAGGCGGCUGAGGCUACAGAGAGAAACGCUGCGGCUGUAGUUUCAGAUCACAUUUCACUCCUAGAUUUUGUUGUCUGAGCUGCUACUUGAGAUAUCUGACAUUUUUCCAGAAGAUUGAGUCCAUUCACCCCCAAUAUGGACACCAUAUUGGACAGUUUUGCCUCGGACAAACUUUUCCCCAAUUCCAACCUGUUGGACCUGGAGGACCUGAAUGAGAGUGAUUUCCUUACCAAUGUGCACUUCUCAGAACAGAUGGAGGACUUCUCCAAUGAACUCUUCAGCAACUUCUUCGAUGAGCACAUGCUAGCUGAGAGGACGCCGCUGCUGGACCUCGAGCUGGAGCCCCCGAACCCUGACAUCCAGCAGGAACACAGCUACUCCCUUAGCGGAGACUCUGCCCCUCAGAGCCCCUCCAUGCCAAUUAAAUCAGAUGGCGAUGACGAGGGCAUGUGGGCAUUCAGUCAGGACCUCACGGCCAUCCUGGUGAAGCAAGAACCCAACCUGCUUUCUGAACCAUCAAUCACCACGGCGUCCCCAAUGGCCACCUCCAGCACUGCUGCUCAGCCCCUCACCCUCGCCCCACCACCACAGAGACGCAAUACUCACGACAAGGGUGACAGAGAACAGAGUAAUAACACUGUACCAACUAUCAAAGCAGAGCCCAGAGACGCCAGCCAGUUCCUUAGUGUCCCCACUGAAGAGCACCUACAGCUCCCUCCCACUCCUCCCAGCAGCCACGGCAGUGACAGCGACGGAUCACAGAGUCCUCAUUCGCUGCCUCCAUCCAGCCCUGCCCGGAUGCAGAGUCCCCAUUCGUUGCCCCCUUCUAGCCCCGCCCGCCUGCAGGCUCGCUCCUCUGUGGCCAUCUCCUCCUCUCCACUUCUGACUGCUCCCCAUAAGUUGCAGGGAACAUCGGGCCCUCUGAUGCUGACAGAGGAGGAGAAGAGGACGCUGAUGGCCGAGGGUUACCCCGUUCCCAACAAACUGCCCCUGACCAAGACAGAGGAAAAGGCACUCAAACGAGUGCGCAGAAAGAUCAAAAACAAGAUCUCCGCACAAGAGAGCCGUCGCAAGAAGAAGGAGUAUGUGGAGUGUCUGGAGAAAAAGGUGGAGAACUACACUUCAGAAAACAAUGAACUGUGGAAGAAGGUGGAGACUCUUGAAAGUGCAAACAGGUCUUUGCUGCAGCAGCUGCAGAAGCUUCAGGCUCUGGUUAGUGGAAAAGUGCCUCGCUCCUGCAAGAUGGCUUCAACACAGACCGGUACCUGCCUCAUGGUGGUGGCGCUGUGUUUUGUGCUGGUUUUGGGCUCACUGGCUCCCUGCCUGCCCGAGCUGUCCCUCUACUCUUCUUCCUCAUCAUCCCCACCCUCACACACGGUGAAGUCCACCCCGCUUCCCUCGGCUGACCUCUACACCACCAGCCAGGUCCGCUCCCGCAGCCUGCUCUUCUAUGAGGAGGGUUCCCCGCUGGAGGCCAGCCACGGGGGCAUGCUGAGUGUGGAGAGAGGGGAGGGGGCGCCGCGCCAAUACACACAGGACCUGAGAGAGACCCACCAUGAGCAGACUCACGCCACUCACCUCAGCAGGUACCUGAGCCCAACCCAGCCAGACAACAACAGCAGCGCGACCCCCCUCCCCCACCAAGAGCAACACUACCACACACGAGAGCGUGAUCCUAAAGGAGGGGCCGAGUAUUUCUAACGCCUCUGAGCGGAGCUGCCGGCAACACGCAGGCCUCCGCUGACUCUGGACCAAGAGUUCACCAUAUGCCCAUGGUCGCCCCCUAGUGUUACCACUCCAACGCCCUAUAGACCCCACAAAUCAACAUCAUCAUCACCAUCAUCAUCAUCAUCAGCACCACUCUCAGACGUGCCCUCCUGUAGAGGACGAACAGAAAGAAAAGGCAUGAGAGAGAGGAAGAGGAGGAGUGAAAGCAUCCACCAAAAUGUUAUGACUGUCAGUAAACGAAUGAGUGAAUGAAUGAGGCUGUGAGUUAGUGUAUUUGUCAGUCAUUGUUUUAAUAUGGGGAGUUUGCAGCUUGCCGCACAUAUAGAUAGGUAGGGGAAUCUUUUGUUUUUAAUGUAAUUUUUUCUUCCUCUUAUACCACACCACUGUCACCCGGAGCUGGUAUUCUAUUCUUCCUUCAAAAAUCUCUCUUUCUCUCUGUUACCUUUUCAAAAAAAUGUUUUCCAGUACUGGUGUAAUCACAGGUGCCUGAUUUUCACAUUGUCUUAUCCUCACGCUUAGUUUCUUUUUAUAGCUUUAGUUUAAUACACAGUUUAAUAGCUUUUUGUUCUUCUUUUUUGUUUCAACAGGAUACCAUACAAACUGUUUAUCCAAUGAGUUAAAGCUGGACUGCACUUGUUUUGCACUAGGAAAACGCAUUGAUUUAAGUGCCUUUAAAUUCUUUUUCAGCCCAAUGUAGUCAUAUUUAAAUGUUGCUACUUUUAUCAACUUCUAGACUCCUCUCAUAGACUCCUUUUUUCUUUUUUGCUUACUUUUACUGAGAACUGAUAAAGGUAUUUUAUUUUAUGUUUUUUGUACUAUUUUAAAAAGGUAGAUGCAUUUGUACUGAAUUGAAAGUAUCCAUAAUAUAUUAUAGUAUUGUCAGCAUUCCAAAAAGAGCAUAUUUAUUUUAUGCACAAAAAAAGAAAAGUGAAAACUGUUGUUCUUUAUAUAUAUAUAUAUAAAUAGUAUAUAAUUGUUAAGGAUGAUGUAAAGUUUACAUGAUCUUGUUGUUCGUAACUGUUAAACAGUUUUUGUGUUAUCUUUAUUCUGUAUAAAGAAAAGAACGUUUUGUAAAUAGGGGGGUUUGAACCAGGACAAUCAGCUGUAAGACCUACACACAGUUAGAAAUUUCUCAAUGUUGUUUUUGGUUUUUUUAUUGUUCUUUUUUUUAUUAUUAUGGAGAUUAAUAUUUUUAAAGUAGCCUAGUUUUAUUAAGACAUAUUAUUUGCCCGAGAUGACAACAUCUUAAAAGUGGAUGCCUUGGAUAAAAAAAAAAAAAAAGACAUUGACAAUGUUGUAAAUCAUAUGUAAAAGUUGCAUUUAUUAAUUUUAUUUUUAUCUUUCAAGCCUUUUACUUCAGUAUUCUGAUUGCCCGAAAAAAUUCACAGUUUGUAACAAGUCUCCAAUUCAGUUUGUACUAUAAUAUACAUAUGGUAGCUGUCAUGCAUUUUUGUACAGUGUGACUCACAAUUCCAUCUUUAAUAGUUUUAAAUGUUUGUUAUUUGGUAAAGGGAUAGAACCACAUCAUUUGACUGGCCAUAAGUUCAUUUUAUUGUACUGAAUUUUCAACCCAUGGAUUUCUGAACCGUUCACACUGUGUUUUGUGAUCCGGUCUGUGUCUGUUUGUUCAAGCUGUAAAACUGGGAGUGUGCAGUAUGUGUUGUUUGUAUCUUCCUAAAAGAACCCCGUCUAGGUUUAAGCCUGGUUCUUCAGCUCUGUCCUGGUGAAAUGUUUGAAUGGGCUUGGCUUGGUUCUAAAUGUAGCCUCUAAAAGAACCUGAGCUGAGUUAAGUAGGUGUUAAAACUAGGUUCAUGCAGAGUGUAGGAUAUGGCAUGGAGUAAAUGCUGUGUUCUACAUUUGUUUAGCUGGAGAAUUUGCUUUAAAACUUUUGAUGUAAUUGCUGUUGGUGCCGCCUGUGUCCUUGUCAAUUCUGUGGCCUUUUGUAUAUAUGAUAUUCAUGCCCAAUGCUAGCUGUAAAUAUGGAGUAUGUAUUUUUAUAUUUCUGAUGCAUUUUGGUAUUCACUAUGCGCCUUUUGGAGGGGUGGGAUUGGGGGGUGGACCUCAUUGUGGACCAUUUGGCACUGUUUGGUAUCUUGCUGCAUGUAUCUCUGUGCUUGGAACUCCUCUGCCAGCCUGUCUGUUUUCUGUCUAUAUUAUUCAAGUAGAGUUAGAAUGAAGCAAAAUACAAAAAUUUGCAGAAGCAAA